GUUGUUGCUGACCUCAUUAACCGCUUAAUUAUUUGAAAGGAGGAUCGAAAGUGCAGCAAUGAAAAAAAGAAAAAAGAAAAACUAGAAAGGACAAAACAAAAAAGAAAAUAUGAAGCGGAAAAAACAGCAUGAGAAAAAUUGGCCGAUGUAUGCGUGUAUUAAAAAUUUCGAGUGAAGGUUCCGUUUGCCGUGGUUAUCCACGAUGAAGUCCGUUUGAUGUGGCAGCAAAGGAGGUGUGGGUUAGCGUAAUCGUCUGAAUUCUUAUAAGGGUGGGACCAGCUCCUGCCAGAUUUCCCUCACGCCAUGAUCGCCACUUUUCACUCACCGAAACUUGAUGCUCCAAAUCACAGAACUAAGCCCAACUGCUGUGCCUUUCUUUCCAUUUCGGCAAUUAUGCCUGAUCCUCCUCUUUAUCCUCAAAAUUUCCUCGUAAUGAUUCGUCAUCACUGUUUGAUCGUCAGUGCGACCUUGCCGACGACGGAGAGGAGCACGGCGUCGUGUAGAUCUACACUGAUUGUGUGACUGCGUCACAAUUGAAUUCCCAGCUGUUGUGCGAUUGGAAGGGAAUUGUGGAAUUGCGUGUUUCGGUGGUGCAUAGCGGUUUUGUUUGUGGGCUACGUUUCAUCCAUACUGAGUUGUUGACGUUCCUGGAUUUGGCGUGUGUGAUACAUCACCUGUGGAGAAGUCAGCGAAGAGAAUUCUGUGGGGGGGGAUGAUCGUGGGCGGUUAGGAUUGUGGGUAGCAAUCCAGCACAGGGUAGGGAGCUAUACAAUCCUAGGGGAUGCCAGAGGAUUUAGCAUCGCAGUGACAUCAAUUAUGUUGUCAUGCGAUCCACGAGGGACGAAGCUGUGUGCAGACAAUUGGGUCGGAUCGUGAAGGUCCCGACGAGUGGAGAUUGAGACGAAGUCAUUCUUGCCAGGGAUUUCAUGGGUUGGCAAUGUGAACAUGCGCGCUGAGAACAUUCAGGGUUGGAGGCCGAAAAGGAUUUUGUUUCGAGCAAGAUCGAACAAUUUUGUUUACAAUGAAUUACUUAGACACUGACGCCGACGCUGCGCUAGAGCAUUUCGGCAUUGGACCUCUGACUUUGGCGCAAAGAGUUGUGGCCUUUCGCGUCCUAUUUUGUCGUUGGGUGAAAGAGCUUCGUGUUGCCCUCGCAAAGAGGCUGCAGCGGACACGGAGGGUAUGGAGACAGGUGUUCUAUAUGUGGUUUGGGUGGUUGAACCCUCGAAAUCCCAGCGUCCUUCUGUUAGCUGCCGUUGUAGCAACCAUGCUCAUGAGAAGAGCGAAGGCAGGGUCUCAGAAAGCAGAGAUUGCGUACAGACGGAAGUUCUGGUCCAAUUUAAUGAGGGCAGCUUUGACGUAUGAGGAAUGGGCUCAUGCGGCGCGGAUGCUAGAGAAGGAGCAGAAUCGGAGGAAAGAUUCAGACUUGUACGAUGAGGAUUUGGUGCGUUCGAAGCUCAACGAUCUUCGAUUGCGUCGUUUGGAGGGUGGUGUGGAGGACAUUCUUUUCUGCAUUAGGGCCGAUUUAGUGCGUAAUUUGGGUAACAUGUGCAAUCCCGAACUGCACAAAGGCCGGCUACAAACUCCCCCCCUCAUCCAGGAAUACAUCAACGAAGUGAGAUACCAUCUUCGAGCUGUGUGUGGGAGCGACUCGGACAGCUUCACACUUGACGAAAAAAUUGCUUUUAUUCAUGAAACCCGCCAUGGUUUUGGUCGCACUGCACUUCUUCUGAGUGGUGGAGCAGCUCUUGGAGCGUUUCAUCUUGGGGUUGUUCGAACCCUUGUCGAGCAUCGUUUACUUCCCCGAGUGAUUGCCGGUGCCAGUGUGGGAUCUGUCAUAUGCUCAUUUGCUGCAACUCGAACUUGGACAGAGCUCCAGAGCUUUUUCGAAGACACCAUGCCCCCCAUGCACUUUUUCGAAAACAUGGGGAGCAUUUUUGCUAUUGCGCACAGGCUUCUGACUCGAGGUGCUGUGCAUGAAAUUGGUAUGCUGCAAAGGAAAAUGAGACAGCUCAUUGGGGAUUUGACCUUUCAGGAAGCUUACGAUCUAUCUGGCCGCGUGCUUGGAAUCUCUGUAUGCUCACCUCGGAGACUCGAGCCUCCGAGAUGUUUAAAUUAUUUAACUUCUCCCCAUGUAGUCAUUUGGAGCGCAGUCACUGCAUCCUGCGCAUUCCCAGGCCUUUUUGAAGCACAGGAGCUGAUGGCGAAGGAUCGAACUGGUCAACUUGUACCCUAUCAUUCGCCACCUCAGGUUGGCCCCGAGGACAAGGACAUGGAAAAGGGGAUUGGGAAGCGGCGAUGGCGAGACGGCAGUCUGGAAAGCGAUUUGCCAAUGAUGCAGUUGAAGGAACUGUUUAAUGUGAAUCAUUUCAUUGUCAGCCAGGCGAAUCCGCAUAUUACACCAUUUUUGAGGUUCAAGGAUUUUGUUCGUGCAUAUGGAGGAGAUUUCGCUGGAAAAUUGGCACACUUAGCGGAGAUGGAGGUUAAGCACCGGUGCAAGCAGAUGAUGGAGAUGGGCUUUGAGGUGUUUGGAUUGGCUAAGCUCUUCGCACAAGAUUGGGAAGGAGAUGUCACGAUUGUGAUGCCGGCCACUUUUGCCCAGUUUGCCAAGAUCAUCACGAACCUGACAGCCACAGAUCUUCGCAAGGCAGUGAUGCAAGGCCGACGCUGCACCUGGGCGAAGCUAUCAGCCAUUCAGGCCAACUGUGGCAUAGAAUUGAUGCUAGACGAAUGUGUCUCUGAAUUAAACCGUCGUAGGAAAGCCCUGCGUGAAAUAGAGCGCAGCGCAAUGCAGAGCAGCCAUGGUGGGAUGCGCGGGUUAUCAGGAACAAAGCGUAUCCCAUCCUGGAACAUCAUCGCCCGAGAGAAUUCCUGCGGUUCGCUAGAUGAAGAGAGUCUUCACGAGGGUGUGCAAAAUGGGGGUCCUUGGGGAGGCCCCACGCUGCGGACCCUGAGACCAGUGCGGAUCCCACAUGAUGGUAGCGACAGCGACGAUAAUCUGGACCAAAAUCAGCUUUCGUGGACGAGAGCAGGUGGCCCGCUCAUGCGGACCGCAUCAGCAGCCAAAUUCGUGAUGUACUUCGACGGAGAACCCGACCCUGCAACGGCCACAACGCCUGCCACCACACCGCAAGAGCACAAAGGCGGUCACGAGAGCGGGGAUGAAUCUGAUGCAUACAAGUCCAUGGCUGCAAACAAGUUGCACCGGAAAAACAAAAUAUGGGAGGUAGUGGGAGGUAGUGGAAACAACACAUUCAUCACGGGAGCUUCAAAUGAGGAGACUCUUCGAAGUGAAGAUCACGAGAAUUCCUCAUCACCUGAGGAACAACAACAACAACAACAGGAAUUCGCCUCCCACCGGCAGCCAGCUGUGCUCACACCGGCGGCUGUCUUAACAACGCUGGACAGGUUGACAGCUACCGACACCGAGCAAGCUCAAGCUCAAGGUGAGAAGCUCACACCGAGCUGCAGCUGCAACAGUGUUUUCCCUCGCACAUGUUGUGCAGCUGCAAGGGACACGACUUGUGAGGGUUCACAACAACUGGGCUGCGUUGGAAACGAUGAACCAUCAACUGGGUCCAUUUUGUUUUGGCAAGGAAAUCCAGAGAUGAGUGAAGACCCGGGAUUUGCAGCAGCAGCAGCAGACAUGGGCAUGAGGGAAUCUCUAAGAGCCUCUUCAGCUCAGAAACAACAUGAAAACUUGCAGGGUAGUAGUGCAAAAGACGGAGGAGCCUUUGGUUCAUAUGUCAGCAGUAAGCUGAAUUGAGGGGAGUUUAUGGAAUCAAUGCAGGAAAGAUCGCGGUUUUAGCUUGCGUUCCACUAGUUUUCUGGUGGUUGUUUUCCUUAACUUGAAACACACAAGCUGCGUGACAGAUCAUGAGGUUCUUCUUUUAUACAUGGAAAAGCCAAAAGAGUGUUACUGAUUUGUUUGUGAAAAGCCAGCAGCGGAAGGAAAAAAAACAGAAUCCUCAGCGAAGGAGGCAUGUAGCGUUGUUUCUGCGAAUCGAUGCAAGAGAUUAGGGCUUUGAUUAGACAAGUUUUCCAGGUAUGUGGAGACUAAAAGAUGCGAUUUGAUUAGCCAUACUAGUUAUGGCCAUUUUGGCAAAAUUAUCUCCAAAUUGGAAUCAGUUGAUGAAUGUUAUUGCAUGGAUGAUUGUUUAUAUGGUGACAUUUGGACAAAGGGUUUUUGUUCUUGGAUAUUGUUUAUAAAUUUUGUGAACAAUUGGCAAGAGAAUUUUUAUUU